GACUUGGGCGUUGUACUCCGCAUCUUAUUAGUGGCGAGGGAAAUUUCUCCAUUUUCCACACAAACUAUACAGCCACAAUUCUGGAAUUUUUAUUACUCUUUACCCGGUAUAUUUAGCAAUUUGUCCACUUUUGCUUAUUUCAGUUGGAUCUUGCUUGCAUUCACAGAAAGACUUUGAAAGGUCUUUUAGUGUAUUUGCUAAAAGGAUAGAAACGUGUAGUCUUUGUUCAUCUGCUGGAACGGUUGAGUUUCUUUGUUGGAACGAAAGCAUGGGGGCACAAUUCUCCAAGACCGCUGCAAAAGGCGAAGUCGUCGCCGAAAAGCCGGGAGAGGCUGCGGCUUCAACCUCAAAGACAAAUGGACAGGAAAACGGCCAUGUGAAAGCCAACGGGGACUCCUCCCCUGCCACGGAGGAAGCGGGCCAGGACGGGGCGCAGGCCAAUGGGAGCGCUCCGGCCGAGGAGGGAGUAGGGCAGUCUGCGGCGGCCCCCGCAGAGGAGGGCACGGAGGGCGCGAAGGCGAGCGGCGAGGCUGCCGCCCCCGCUGCCGAGGGUGAGACUUCAGCCAAGCCCGAAGACGAGGCAGCGGCCUCUGACGGCGACAAAAAGAAAAAGAAGCGCUUCUCCUUCAAGAAGCCCUUCAAGCUCAGUGGCUUCUCUUUCAAGAAGACCAAGAAGGAGGAAGCUGAGAACGAGGGCGGGGAGGAGGGCAAGGGGGAGGAAGAGAAGGGGGCCGAGGAAGAGGCGGCGGCAGCGGCUCCUGAGGCCGAGGCCACGGCAGAGGCGGCGGCGGAGAAGCCAGUGGGCGAGGAGACGAAAGCGAACGGUGCCGCCACAGACGAGCCCGCCGCCGAGCCAAAAGCUGCCGAGCAGGAAGCGGCCGCUAAGGAGGAUCCCGCGCCCUCAACGGAAGAGACCGCAGCCAGCCCAGAGGCAGCCCCCAGCGCAGAGUGAGCAGAUGGGCCCUCCCCCUGAACAAGACGAAGGAAACGGAAAAAACGGAAAAUGAAAACCGAUAAUCAAAGAACUGUUCGUUCCCUGCUUGUACGUUGGCGUUGUGCCAGGUGCUGUUUUUUUUUUUUUUUUUUUUUUUUAAACUUAUGUACAAGCCGGGGAAAUUUUAAAGUUGUUUUGACCGCCCCCACCCCUUCCAAAACACCCCAGUUUGUAUCCAGUGUUACUACCAUUCCGAUUGGUGGAGGUGUGGACGGCUUGGAUGAGUACUACAAGAAAAAAAUAAUUGCGUCCUUGUUCUGCCGUGUACCUUUUUGCAUCAGUAUUGUUUUUUUGUGUGCAUAUUUAGAAUUUUAUACGUGUAAAAAUUAAAUGUACGGACGUGCCUACAGUUACAGAGGUCGGCAGAAAGUUGAAAUGUGUAAAUGUGUGGGCUGCAUAUCAAUUUCAGGUGGCAUACCUUUUGCCAGGGAAUCCACCACACUGAUGGGUAAUGCAGUCUUAAACGGGAAAUGAAGUCAUCUAUGUAAAGUGCACCAUAUGGUGAAUGACACUGGGUCAUCAGUGAUACGGGGAGACCAUAACCUUUCCCUUGAAGAACUAGCUUUAGAAAGAAUUUAAAUUGUAGGAGCUUUUCACUUCUCUCAUUAUCUGUACUUUUCAGUGAUUAUGUAGAAAUGCAAGUUUGUAUAGGCUUUGUUUAUUGCUGGUUUUAUGACCUUAAUAAAGUGUAAGUACAAGUAUGUAUGACCGGCAGGGUGUUUUUAACUGUGACUAUUGUACAAAUCUUGAUCUCAAAGCACACGAGGUUUGUCUUUCCACAACACUCGAUUUGAUGAGUUUUAAAAAAAAUAAAGUAUUCCUGAAAUCUUUGAAGCAAUUCUGAGCUCAAACUAAGCUGUGAUAAGUGGAACAACCUUGGCAUACUGUGCUAUGUUUUAAUUACAGCAGACAGUACUUUACAGUUUGAAGAACAUGCAUUGUUUGUGUAGCAUCUUGUCUUUGUUUCUUUUGUAAAUACUGGAGAGGCUUUGACCAAUUUGACUUAGAGUUUGAAUGUAACUUUGCUUACAAAAUUGCUAUUAAACUCCUGCUGGAAGUGUUCGAAUUUUCUGUGAGCACUCAAAGCAAAAAUAAAUGUGAAUAAACUGAU